UAUAUCCUACGCUUCAGGCCUCAGACUAGCUUGCCGUGGUCUCCCUGUCCUCAGAGAUCACUGGCCUGGAGAUCUCCAAGCCUCUCCGGCAGAAGGCGAAGAAGAAGACCUUGCUGGAGACUGGCUCUUCAAGAACCUGAGACCGCCCCUGAAGACCAACCAACUCCCGAAGAAUCACACCCUUUUUUCAGGGCUUUCGAAACUUCCACUUCGCAGCUCUCAAGGACCCUGGGAUAGACAUCAGCCUUCCACGUUCACCUGUCCUUGGAUAAAGCUAUCCUGGGAUAGCGAGAAUCCACACCUGAAGAUCUGCGAAGUCCUCGAAUCUUCGCUUCCCGAAGCCAGAAGCCACCAGUCUUCUUCAGGCAGCCCGAGUCUUCGGCCAUCAAGACUCCAAUAGAGUCCCUUCGACUAUCCCCAAAGACUACCCCCCCAGGGGAGCUGCAGGUCCCUGGUGGCCCUGAAAGGCUUCGUCUGAGUGAGCUCGAAGCUCUCCAGCCCACAGCGAUGGUCUUCCCCAGAAGCUCUACUCUCCUGUUACUGGUGUUUCCCGUCAUCCUCCUCCUCUGCUUCCCUCCUUCCUCAGCUCACAGAGUGUUGAAAGGGGGAUGUCUGAACUACGGCCACUCUUGUCUUGGAGCACAUGGGAAGAGAGCCUCAGCACCACCACACCGCCCACUAGUACCACGCCCACUCCUGGAUAUCCUGGACGCCCUCACCACGCCCACACGCACUAACAAUUUGUACGCCCACACCUCCGACAACUCUAUGAGGGAACCAAGAACUAGGAACCCCGAGGGUCGGUUCCUGGCACCGUCAGCAGGAAAUCAGCUUGCUGACUUGGGUCUCGAUCUGAGGGCUGACGGCCUUAUGGACGACAUCAACGAGGAGGUGGACAUCAUGGGCGGCAUCAGUGGGCGGGGUGGCAGGAUGGGCGGCUCCGAUGAACGGGGUGAGAGACUGGGCGGCUCCAGUGAGGUGGAUCCAGACGCAGUUCUCUACUACGGUACUCUUGAUGAUUACAACGACGUUCGCUACAAGAGGCAAGCCUCGCCAGGGUCAGCAGCGGUGACUAAAAGGUUAAACACCUGGGCAUACAGUCCUCUACAGCAGGAGGAGGAGCAGGAAGAGGAGGAGAAGGAAGAGGAGGAGGACGAGCAGCAGAAGGAAGAGGAGAAGGGAAGGAUGAACUAUGAUCACCAGCAUCUAUUCCGUCUUCCUAUCUCCAAGGCAAAUUGGUGGAGGCGGUGAGUUGACCAGAGACGACUAGUGAGGACAAGAGGGACAUAUCUUCCAAAAUUGAUCUUAGUAUGGUAAUUUAAU